GUACUGAGUUUUCUGUCAGAGGGUUUGGACAUCACUUCACAAUAUCUCCAUAGACUGUAUGAACUGAUCUGAUUUGUCUUACACUGUGUUUGCCGCAGAUAAAAAUGACUAAGGGACGAUCAAUAUGCAUGUCGUAAGCAUGGAAUUUAUUGCAUCAUACAUAUUGGCUUUAGGCAAUUGAUGCUGUUUACUCUCAUUCAUACCACUUUAACUCCAUAUGAAGCAUUUCUCACAAAAACGUUGGAGUUUUAAUUCAUUUCCGUCAUCACUAUGCAACUAGAUGGGAUGGACUCACUUAUUAGUUGCUACGUUGACUCACUUCAGAUCCUUCCUUUGGAAAUACAGUCCAGAAUAACCGCAUACCUUCAGUCAGAUCUACAACAACGUCACUUACUAGCGCUAGCUAGGCGCACUGUGGAUGAAAUGCAAAAGUCCAUGGAGCAUAGUACCAAAAGGAAGAAUUUGGACCAACUCAUAUAUGUUUUAGUUGCGAUCCAAAACAUAUGCGACCGUCGAAUCAAUGAUCUGGAUGAAAUAUAAUUUGUAAUGAAAAUAAGAAACUAAAGCCAUAGGUAGAACGCUUUUUGGGAACGUCCAACUAGUCGUUAGCUACUCCCUAUCCACCCACAAAUCGGAUGUUAUUAAAAGUCAUUAUCAAAGUAAUCAACCAAUGUUGAAAAAAACACCAAGUACCAUAACUAUGCACAACAUCCCAAACUCAGAAUUAACACAAUACUAACCGCCUCCAAAAUGGACUAUAUUUGUUACUAGGGGACGUUCAAUGUAAUGGGACACCAAGAUACUCAUCACUUGAAGGACAGUUGUGGAAAAACAGUAAAAGACAAAAUUUAGAUUCAGUACGCGAUUAGGAAGUGUUGAAGAAUACAGUUCACAACCAAUAUACAUUCUGCUCAAUACGAAGUUAGAUGAAGUAAUUGAAACCCAUUCUUUAAAGCUGAUGAAUGCUAAAAUGAAAGUUGAUACAAUCGAUCCUCAACGUACUCGUUCAAAUACGGAAAAUGUCCCUGAAAGUGAAGUCGAUACCAGUGAUCUAGAAGUGUCUAAUCCCCAAUACAAUUGCAAUUUACUACGGCGCAACUUAUCUCAGGAAUCAAGUUUCGAUAAGUGCACUAGCUACUCUAUACCAAACACACGAUGUAGUGAUGUAAGCAUACGAGGUAAAGAACGCUUCCCAUUACGUGCUGUUAGCACUAAUAGUCGAACUGCAUCACGUCGAUCACUGAAUAAAUGGGUUCCCGGCGUUCAUCGCUUCAAGCCUACUAAUUCAAUGGGCAAUAGAAAUGCCAACAACUCUUUAAAGUCCAAAGGUGAUGCUAACAAUAAGUCAACAAAUAGGACUUCAGUGGAACUCAAACAACAUAAAGUGGGUGUAACAUAUACUCGUUACUCUCGAAGUCAACAACAGAGAUUCAAAAGUCAUCGUGUAUUGCCAAGAUCACUUCACCCGAACCGUGCAAGACCUCAGUACUUAGAGUACGCUAUGCUGAGACAUGGUUCUCGGAAGAGAAGAAAUACGGUGUCGAAAUAUACUAAUCCCGACUCUUCUCGAAAUUGUGAGGAAACAAAUCUCGUAGGUAGUGUGAAGCGACGACAUGAACAAAGCCAUCCUAGCUUUUACAAAAACGACAAUUGUUUUGGUUCAUCUAGUAAAUCAAUAAGUGAUUUAAAUAUUGAAGAUAAAACAGAAGAGAGUGAUGUAUAUACCCUACUUAGUUUAAAGAGCCCAAAAAGGUUGGGAGAUAGGUCAUCUGAUUGGAAUAGCAGUUAUAAUGAAAAUGAAAAUGCGGCUGAUGUAGAUUGUAGUGACAGCAAUGGUCAUACCACAUAUGACAUGGGAUGUGAUCAAAACUGUUCUUCGCAGGAAACACAAGUCAUCAGAACACUAACUAAUCAACUAACAAACGCUCAAAGUGGUGAACCAAGUCGUCAAAAGAUGUAUAGACUCCGACGAGCUAGUAACAAUGUACAGUCAACACAAUCGUAUCACAGACCCAAUUCAUCUUUCCCACCUGCAUCACCAGAACAUGGAUCUAAUCGCAAUUGUUUAACAUCUCAGAGUCUUAGCCACGGCAACGCUAGGCGAGGAUGUCGAAGUAAUAACACCGUACGUCACAAAAUGGAUCUUCAAGUAAACACACGGUCUCCUCCAGGAAAUUCAUUUAAGUAUGGAUCACAUGCUGAUGAUAUGAAUGCAUUUCGACACAAAGUAAUAUCGGAAAACAGCCCUAGUCAUAGUAUGAGUGAAGCAAGCGUCAGCCCAGAUGAGCGUCUGUAUUGUAUAUGCCAAAAAGUAUCAUUUGGCGAUAUGAUAGCUUGCGACAACAAGUUCUGUGAGGUUGAAUGGUUUCACUUCUCAUGUGUAGAUGUCCGGGUUCAACCUAAGGGUAAAUGGUAUUGCCCUUACUGUCGAGGAGAGUCUUCGAAAAUAAAAAGAUCCGAUAUCUAGUGUCGUUUUCAUCCCCCCUUAGAAUCCAUUAUACAAAUAAGGAUUUUGCAAAAGCCAAGUCGUGGAGGUAAUGCAUAAUUAUUAUUGUUUCUUCAAGUAAUAUUAAAAAUUGACUUUCCCCAAACCUUCUAUAACUUUCCUGGUUUCCAGUAAUUUUGAACGAGCUUUUUGGUAUGCUUCUGAAUAUUGAAUAAGGACGUAUAUUAAAGUAUAACCUACUUAUUAUCGUUGAAACAUCCAUGUGUGCAAGUGCUAUCCUGUAAAAACAUUCUUUAUUAAUCUUCAAAUAGAGACUACCUACCUUCUUUGCUUCUCAUCACCCGUUGUUGGACAUCUGCUCAUGGUCCUGUAUAGAUUGGACCUGCAUGUAAAAAAAACUUAGUUUCACUUCUCACGACAAAACUGCUUUUUAUUCUGCACAAAUUUAUUAUUGUUACCUACCAUUUAGUAUAAUUUCUGAAUAGAAAAUAUCUUCAUUCU